CAACCUAAUAAUAAUCCCACUUUUCCACCUUUCUCUCCUUCUUCACGUUUACCCAAUGGGAAGGCUAUCCUCCACCAUCGAAAUAGCCCAUCACCGCCGCAGACACGAAGAUCGCCGCACUCCUGACUCCGAUGUCUCCGAAGAUCGCCGUCGCUACCGCCGUAGCCCUAGCUACGAUUCAUACGAUCGUCACAGAGACCGCCGCCGCCGUAGCAUAUCACCCGAAAACAGAAACCCUAGACACGAUAACAUCAAUCCAAACAGCAACGCUCUUCCAAAGAAGUUCGGCCACCGCAACGGUUCCUAUCUGGACCGUGACCGCAGCGAUUUCAAGCGCUCCGAGUCUGAAUCUGACGAAGAAUUGAAGGGAUUGAGUUACGAGGAAUACAGAAGGUUGAAGAGGCAAAAGAUGAGGAAGUCGAUGAAGUACUGUAUCUGGAACGUUACGCCGAGUCCUCCGAGACGGGAGAACGAAGAUAUUGAGGAUGUUUACAAAGCUGAAGAGAUUUCUGAGAAAUAUGAUGGGAAGGACGAUAAGGAGGUUAAACCGAAAGCAAAAUCUGAAUCCGUGUCCGAUGAAUCUGAUGGUAGUGACUCGGAUAAUCCACGUUUGAGGAAGAAGAGAAGUAAAAGUUCUUCUAAGAAAUCGCGAAGCCAUAGUGAAUCGGAAUCAGAAGAAGAUGAAGAUCUGAAAAGGGGAAAGAAUAGGAAUUAUAGUGACAGCGAUAGUGAUAGUGAAUCAGAGGAGGAAGAUCGUAAGAGAAGAAGGAGAAGCAAGAGGAAGAUCAGUAGAAGGAAAAGGAAAAGUAAUCGGAGAAAGAGAAGGCAUAGUGAUUCAGAAGAGAGUGAGAGUAAUGACUCUGACUCUGAUGGUAGUGAAAGAAAGAGGAAGCAUUCUUCUAGGUCUCGAUCAAAACGAAGCAGGAAAGGAACUAAGAAAAGUGCUGAACCGAUAAGUGAGAGUUCCGAAGAUAAUGAGAUAGUUUCUGAUUCAGCUGUUGCGAAGAAUAAGGAAGCAAUUGUUGUUGAUGAGGUGGAUGUGCCUGAGAUUAAUGCCGAGGCUCUACAAUUAAAGGAAUUGUUAGAGUUACAGAAGAAACCGGCUUUGGAUAACGAGGCGACAGUUGGGCCAAUGCCUCUGCCAAGAGCCGAGGGGCAUAUAAGCUAUGGUGGUGCACUUAGGCCUGGUGAAGGAGAUGCUAUUGCACAAUAUGUUCAACAAGGGAAACGUAUUCCUCGUAGAGGAGAAGUGGGUCUUUCUGCAGAAGAGAUUUCAAAGUUUGAGGAGCUUGGUUAUGUGAUGAGUGGCAGUAGGCAUCAGAGGAUGAAUGCAAUUCGUAUCAGGAAAGAAAAUCAAGUUUAUAGUGCUGAAGAUAAGCGUGCUUUGGCUAUGUUUAACUAUGAAGAAAAGGCUAAAAGAGAACACAAGGUUAUGGCUGAUUUGCAGCGGCUAGUACAGCGUCACAUUGGUCAGGAUGUUGGUCCAACUCAUGAUCCUUUUGGCGCAAAAGACGGUGCUGAUGCCUGAUAUUAUUAUUCAUCCAGGAAGAAGCAGGUGAUGAAGGGAAGUGAGAUUGGAGGUGAAGUAACCAUGGAAGAAAAUGUCAUCGAAGGGGAGAUAAAUCAACUGCAAAGGAUGUUUGAGCUUUGGAUUUGUCGAUGAAUGUUAUGGAGCAACUGUGGAGAAAGAAUGCGGAGGAAAAUUCACUAGUAGGUGAAGAGGUGAAGUAACCAUGGAGGAAAAUGUCAUCGAAGAGGCUUUGGCGAUGCAUGCAUUGCAUUGGAUGAUUAUUCUUUUACUUUUCGGAGAUGGGAAUUCUUUUUGCGUGUGCUUGAAUCACGACGAGAAGAAAAUAGUUUCAAAUAUUUUAAAGUGUUGCCUGCAAAUCUGGGGCAUAAAUAACCUUUAUAAUAACUUUUUAUCCUUGUAAUUUUCUUCUCUACUUUUCGUUUCUAUCAUGUGGCAUUCAUUCAUUAGACGCCAUCGCAGCAUGAUAGGGUUGACGUGGCAAGUAGAUGAUAUGUAAAAUGUUACGUGAUCAUGUUAAUUUGUCCUAUUAUUGCUACAUGUUAUCGUCA